AUGCAUCAAACCAGCUUGACUUUGCAUAUACCUUAUUCUGAGAAUCCACAAAUCAUUAUUGAGCGUUCACCCAAUUCGAGUAUGAAUAGCAACUCCAGUGGUGGAGGCGGAGGCGGUGGUGGUGGUGGACACAAAAGUCCAUUCAAUCCGCAAUACUCCCAUAGUCCUCUCAUCAUUGAACCAACAUCUCCUGCAACACCAUUUCCAUCGCCGAAGUACCACUAUUUUCACAAAUCUCCAGAUAUUGUAUCCGCCACAAAUGCAGCUGCAAAUUUUGUCAACCAUAUGAUUAUACCUCAUCAUACAGAAGAUGAUUACAUAGAUCGACAAGAGUUGGAGGAUUAUCUGGAGGAUGAGUACGUUCGAUUAAGACCAUGUUUAAGGAUGCCAACUCUGCUCAAACUUCCAUCCUCAUUCAAAAACAAGAAGAAGAAUCCAUCCAUGAAUAGUGCAACCAAUAGAAAUAAGAGAGUGUUGACAGUGAGUACAAGUCCUAAAUUGAGUAUUGUUGUUCCACCUAUCCGUGGCAACAGCAGUAAUGUGCAAUUUUAA